CACAAUAUUCCGAUACGUCGACGAGCUAAUUAAAUUGGUUCUUCAAUUUGUGGGAGAAUAUGACUGUUAACAACACAUGUCACAACUUUCAGCAUGAAUCGACAGUUGUCGUUUCAGUUCAUGCUCUAUCAUGUGGCCAUCUUUCACUCCCAGAAUACCAGUUUGUGGAUCAUGCUACGCCCGACGCGCGUCGAACUGUUCCUUCGUUAGCAUUCCUGAUUCAACAUGUGAAUCGGUAUACCGGAAAACGAACACGACUCAUCUUCGAUCUAGGCUUGAGAAGAGACGUGAAGCACUAUCCACUGCCAAUACAGAAACACAUCGAGGCCAGGCAGCCAAUGAGCACUGAUCCGGACGUUACCAAGAGCCUCGCAAAGGGCGGACUUACACCCAAUGAUAUUGACUAUGUAGUUUACUCGCAUGUACAUUGGGACCAUGUUGGAGAACCUCAAGACUUUCCAGGUUCAACCUUCGUCGUCGGACACGGCGCAGUUACUCUGCUCAACGGCACUUCUUCACUCCGAGGUGGCCAUUCCUUCUUCGAAAGCGACCUCUUGCCGGAAGGUCGGACAGUGGAAUUACCCGAACCUGUUGUGUAUGAAUUGAAGAAGCAUGAUUCGGGCACAAUCCGUGGGGAGAUCAAUCUCCAUGGGUCAUGGCAAAGUCAAGGCUGUCUCCCGGAAGUUCUAGAUCUCUUCAACGACGGGUCCCUUCUAAUCGUAAACGCACCUGGGCAUCUCCCUGGACAUAUCAAUCUUUUGGCAAAGACUUCUCCGAGCCACCAGAUCUACAUGGGCGGGGAUGCCUGCCACGAUAGGAGAAUAUUGACCGGUGAAAAGAAGAUCGGUGAAUGGAACGAUGCACAUGGUCAAGUCUGCUGCAUACACGCCAAUCGGAAGCAAGCCGAGGAAACCAUUGAAAGAAUCCGGAUUUUGGAGAAGGAAGGGGUUGAGAUAAUCUUUGCUCACGACACUGAGUGGGAAAACGAUCCGGCGAACAGGAUCAGAUUCUUUGGUGUAGCGUGA